UUAUUUGAAUGGUUAAAAUUCGGAAGUUGAUUCUGCGCCAGAUUAUGUGCAUUCUAUAUUGUUGGGAGGAGGCGGCCCUCGACUUCAUGGAUCGCCACAACACCAAGAUCCAGGCCAUAGUGCAUCCGGUCUCAAUGGCGACGCUGGUGUCGGUUAUCGGGUUCCUGCUCGUCUACGAUAUGCUCUACGCACUGCCAGAUCUGACCGACCCCGACGGUCUGUGGUACAAGAUAAACUUAUUCUGGAGCAUCUUCGUCGUGUACAGUAUCUUCAGCAAUCUGUGGAUCUGCUUUUGGACGGACACCUCGGUGCAGGCGCUGCCCGAGCACCGCUUGCGGCCGCCGCCGGAGGAGGCGCACCUGUGGCACUACUGUGCCAGCUGCGAGAUUAUGGUUCCUCCGCGGGCCUGGCACUGCCGCCUAUGCAAGACAUGCUGCCUGAAGCGGGACCACCACUGCACUUUCACCGCCAACUGCAUCGGCCACCGAAAUCAGCGCUACUUCCUUGUCUUUCUCUUCUACGGAACGCUGGGAAGUUUCCAGUCCCUGGUCUACAAUUGUAUCUAUGUGUGGACAACUGGUGCCUUUGUCGUUGCGGAUCCCUUCCUGAUCUUGAGUUUUGGGCAGCCGAGAACAGACCCAUCCAUGGGCUGGAAAAUCAUAACAUCUAUGGUCCUCAAGUUGAACGUAGUCGCCGCCAUUGCCGCCAGUGGCAUGUUCAUCACUCAAGUGUUAAUGGUCUACCGGAACAGUACCUGUUUCAUGAUGUCCGACCGCGCCUACGACCUCGGACCCAUGAAGAACUUCCGCCAGGUGCUGGGCAAGCGCGGCUUCUGGACCCUCCUCUCGUCGCACAUCAAUAGUCCCCUUCCAAACGAUGGAACCGAGUGGCAGAUGACCAAGCACACGGAUGUCUAGAUAUCCCACUAACCCACUGUGAAACCAUCAACAUCAUUCCCCUGUACUAAAUAGACGCUCGCUUCCAUUAAAGAUUCUCAAUUCCCAUGCUUUUGGCCAGACAAUCGA